AGCCAAAGGCAGUUGCUUAACCAACUGAGCCACCCAAGCGCCCCAUAUUCCCAGCUUUGAUUUGCUAAUGUUUUAGUUAGGAAUUUUGUGUCCAUAUUGAUAAAUCAGAUUGGUCUAACAGAGAUUUCAAACUAGUUAUAGGGCAGAGAUAUAUUUUACUUGGCCUGUAAAAUAUUUUACAGUUUUUUGAAUGAAUUGCCCAAAUUAAAAAAUUGGGAGAUAUUAAGUGAAAAAUUCAAGAUUUCUGGCUUUUCUUUAAGAAAAGGAAUGUGGCAAAACUGGGAGAAUGUGGACCCAAUUUUGUCACAUUUUUAAUAGCGCUGCUGUAUGAAUGUUUUGUAUUUCAUUAAUUUCUACUCUUAUUUUUUAAAAGAUUUUAUUUAUUUACUUCACGGGGCUCCAUCCCAGGACCCUGGGAUCACCACCCGAGUGGAAGGAGGUGCUUAACUGAUACCCCUGUCUAUGGGGUAUUUGCACAUGUCUAGAACACCUCCAGCCUCAGUGUCCUUUCUGCAUCCUGUGGUUUGAGCCUGAGGUUGCCAUUAUCCCUGAAUGGAUGGAGUGGCAGGGCCAGCAUACCUCCCCACCCAGAAAGGACGCCUGGACACAGACUCCCCCAGCCAGGAGGAGAAUCAGGCACGCUCAAGUCCAGGGUGCAGGUAUGUCCACCUGUCAUUGGUUGGGGCCAGGGGAGUAGGCUCGCUCCUGCUAUGGGCAGUGUUCACGGUAUGGGCUUUGGGGGAAGGGCAAAGCAGGGCUUCACAAAGUGCCAGGUUUCAAACAAUCCACAGGCCUUUAUGUGACUCAUUUGCACCUGACCACUAGUUUGCUGAUUUCAGGUCUCCUUCUCUAGCUUCUCUCCCUGCUGGUAGCCAGCUGGCCCUGUGGCUUCAGGUUUCCUUACCUGCCUCAAGAAGGCAAGUCUGCAACCUGUACUUGCUGUUGGCCGUGGGGCAGGACGGAGGGCAAAGAAGAACGGACAGAGGCUGGCCUUUGGGGCAGACAGGCCUGGGUUCAAAUUUCAGCUUUGCCAACCUUGGACAAGUCACCUACCUUCUCUGCCUGAGGUUCAGAUUUAUCUCUGGUAAACUGGGGCUAAUACUUCCUGGGAUCACCAUGAAGAUUAAAUGAGAUGAUGCGUGUAAAUUGCCCAGCUCAGCCCCUGGUACCUGGUACUCAGUACAUAUAACUUUUCUCCCCACUUUCUCUCUUGCACCCUCCAACCUCGUCUUGAGUGGAUCCCUGAGCCAGAUAUCCAUCUGGCAACUUCCAACACCUACCAUUUUUAGAUUUACAUAAGACCAGCAGCUUUCCCUCCCACAGCAGCUGUUAACAGUCAGAGAUUUGCAGAGCAGAUGUCUUGGUGUGAAACUGUUCCCAGGAGGCGUCCCACGAAUGUUUGCUGACAAAGCAGUGCAGGGACUGACCUCCCUUCCAGCUCUGCCUCCUGACACCUGGCUCUGGAGACUGAAUGCGCCUACCCUCCCUGCAUCCCAUGUGUUUCUGUCCCCUCAGAUGCUGAGGGCCUGCGCUCUGCUCCACCGCCCAAGGCUGCAGAUGGGGGGCUGUGAGGUUGGCUGGAGCAAGCUGCUUUGGCCUGGACCUGUGCCAAGCUGCUCCCAUCCAAGAAGAGGCUCAAGAGGCAGAUGGAGAGGACAGAGUUUGGGAAGGGGCUGCAGCCUGGUGGGGGCAGCCAGUCCGAGCAUGAACACUUUUCCAAACCCCACUGCAUUGGGCCAGGGGAGUGCUCAUCUGCGCUUGCUUGGGUCCGGUGAUUACAGGUCUGAGCUUCAAAGCAUGUUACAAACCUGGCUAAUUGCUGGCUGGGGGAGCUGGGCGAGCAGGCCAACUCCGCCUGCGUGCACGCCAGGGGCCGCGGGCCUCACCUGGGGCUGGCACUUCCAGCCGGGAGCCAGGAGCCCUGCUGUGGCCGCCCGGUCCUUCUGGCUCCUCGCGAGGACUACCUUCGGGAGCUCGGAGGAGGGGCCGCCCCGGCUGCAAUUGCGGCUGCCGCCGUCGCGGUUGCGGCGCGGGCACCUCCUCCCCCGGGGCCAGAGUCGGAUCGGUCAGGUGGAAACCUCCCCAUUCAAACGGGCGCGGGCCAAUCAGGGCCCGGCGCGCCGGCCCAUUCAAACGCGCGCAGCAGCCGGCCUGGCGCUCCCGCCUCCGGGACACUGGCGCGGGGCGGGGGCGGGUGAACCUGCUGCCUCGGUUACAGGGGAGCAACACAGACGCCUCGGGUUACAGGCGGUCCUGGCCGGCCGCAGCGGGGCAGCCAUGGAGCGCUCCCUGCACCGCGUUUCCCUCGGGAGCCGGCGCGCCCACCCGGACUUGGCCUUCUACCUCACCACCUUUGCCUGGUUCAUCUUUCAGAGACCCGGUUUGCACCGCUGGAGUUUCCCCUGAGCAACACGGUCUUGUUACUACAUCUGGAGAUUUCCUCCAUCCUCUUUCCUUUGGCUCAGGGACAGGACAGGUGCGGAAGGAGCCUGGGUGGCCUUGGCUCCUUGUGGGCUCACCUUGGAAGCUGCAGUGUGACUGCUCCAGUGGAUAUCUGACCCACAGCAGACAUGGGAGAAUUCUCUUCUCCAGGAGUGACCAGGCUCUCAGGAGGGUCGCGGGCCUGCCCUGGGGGCUUGAGGUAGAAAGAAACAGGCAGUAGGCCCCUGCUCCCAAACCCCUUGCUAGCUCGCCUGGGUUCCCCCAAAUAACAGCAGGGCCGCAGCUGCCCCAACGGUCUGGGCAAAUCCAGCCUUUCAAGUAGCCAUAAUAGCGAUGAGAGCCCUGUCCGAGAGCACAGCCCUUCACAGCUCUGUUUCCUCACUGGUUCUGCAGCUCCCUGUGGAGAGCGGGUAGUAUUUCUUCUGUGGAGGCUUGAGAUCCAGAGAGAGGAAGGUCUCCCAGUGAGCCAGUGCCAGACUUGGUACCCGAGUUCAAGCCUUCUGAGACAACUUGUCCUGUACCUUUUUCUUUUUUUAAAGUUUAUAUAUAACUUUCUUUAUAAAGGUUGGGUAGUCCUGCAACAUACAGGACUUUGCCCAGAUUUCAACCACAGAACAGCCCAGGAGUUAAGCCCUCCCCGGCGUUCUGGCUCUCCUCUGCUCAGCCUUACCUACAUCAGCACACUUGCCUCCUCAGAAACUGCCUUUUUCUCUAGGAGCAGAGGAAGCAAUAGGAAAGCAGUGGCUUGGCCACUAGCAAUGGCCUGUGGUCUAGCAUCCUGGAAUUCACUGGUCUAGUUGGUGGAGUGUAACCAUGGGAGUCAGGAGGUAGCCACCGUUUCUUGAGCACUUACCAUGGCCAUGCCUUGUGUCAAGUGCUUAGCUCAUUGAAUCCCCCCAACCCUUGGAAGCAGUUCUUGUUAACCCCACUGGGAUGUGAGAGUCUACCAGACAAGGAAGGUUUCCAGAGUGACCUGAAUUGGUGGGGUUGGGGUGAUCAGGAAAGAGUGUGAAGGAGCCAUGAGGCCCAAUUACCUUAGCUGUGUCCUGGUUUAAAAGUAANGUAAAAAUACAGGGGCGCCUGGGUGGCACAGCGGUUGGGCGUCUGCCUUCGGCUCAGGGCGUGAUCCCG